CGUCGGCGCCGGUGUGCAGCGCGGUGCUGCGCGCCGAGACCGAGCUGUCGCCGCCUGUGCUGUUGCUGCACGGCCGCCACGUGCUGCGCGAGCGGGGCGCAUGACCUCCGCACACCCAUCCGCUUAUCGCUAUGCGGAAGACCUCUCACGACGGUGCCGAUUCAAGUUCUAUAACCAGUGCUAAAGAUAGUGAUACAAAGAAAUCUGCGGCUAGUUUCAAUAAAAUGGCAAAAAGUUCUAUUAAACGGAAAGUUCAAAACUUCAGUCAUGAAUCAGACGACGGUAUAAUAGAACCAUUACUUCAAACAGAUAAAGAAAAAAUUGAAAUAGCCAAUAGAAGUGCCAAAUAUUUACUAAACAAAUCUAAGACUGAAUCUUUACACGAAAAGGAUAAUAAAAUUACGGAUGGUUAUGAUGAUAAAUGCUCCGUACCUAUACCUGUAAGCUCAACUAGUAAUAUGAUCACGAAUAAUGUGAAAGAGAGUCCAGUGUCUACUUCUUAUAUUUGCGGGUCUGCUCCCAUUCAUAACCAUAUGAAUACAAACAUAUUUAGUGCUUACGAAGCGUCCACAGGGUUAAUAACAACUAAAAAUCACAUUCUUGUUGAAAUAGAUAAUAGCAAGCCUGGAAGAUACAGUCCAAGCCCGUUAAUUUUUACGACUGCUAAAAUUCACACAGAUAGUAAAACGAAAGUAAUGGAACCUGUACAGGUUACUCCUGUACCAAUAUUAUCAACAAUUGAAGGAAAUGGAGUUAAAGCUGGAGCUGUUCCUGGUCCUGAAACAAAGACAAUUAGUUUUACUAAAGCAUUCUCUGAUGGUAUAAAGGUUGUAUCUGGAAAACCAGAAAUCCAUGCAUUACAAACUUUUAAAGAUAAUACAUUUUCACCGACAGUAACACAUUCUUUACUUAAAUCUGAAGCAAUAAAUGACAUCGCGAAUAAGUCACCUACCACUUCAAGUUCUUUGGAAGGUUCUUCUAAUUUAGUUUACAAAGAUAUAAAACUUGGUCAGUCAUCAAAUACAGUUAUUUCGCCAGCAGCAGCUAAAUUGGCCAGUAGUCAAAAUACGUCUUUGAAGUUACAACCUAUUAUCGACAAUUUACCUACCACUCAUACAAAUAUUUCUUUAUCCGAUAAAGUCAAACCAAUAGAAAAAUUAACAUGUACUUCAACUAGCAACAAUACAUCAGAAAAAUAUAGUUCGAUGGAUAAACCAAAAGAAAGUUUUCGUAUUCCGAACAAUAUGGACAAUAAAAUUUCGCUAGACCCCUUGAACUUACAAAACCAAGAGAAUAAUCAUAAAAUAAAUCUAGAAUCACCACAGCACCGAAAAUCGCAUUUUAUUUCAAAGGAUAGUGAACUUGUUUUUAAUACUUCUGUAUCUUCUAAUAAAAAGUUACAAUGCCACCAAAUAAAUGCAUCAAAUGAAGCAACAAAUGAAUCUGUAAGUAAAAUUUUAAAGACAGAUGCGCAAAGCUUACAAAAGGAAAUAGACAAUAAUUUCGGUGUAAAAACGGUCAAAGUACCUAAACAAGAAACCAAAAGUGACUUUACUUCUCGCGAUACCCUUCCAGCAGCUACAAAAUUUUCUAGUAUAUCUUCUUCUAAGGGCAUAACAACUCCAUCUUCAACAGAAAUCAAAAUUACACCGAGUACAGUAUCGGAAUCUACACAUAAAGUGAAAUCUACUGCAGCAACCGGUAAUUUAAAACCUACGUUAACUGGCGUUAGCAAAGAUAUACCAAAAUCCUUGAGUAAGUCUUUAGCUACAACAUCUCAAACUGAUAUCAAAUGCAGUAAAGAAUCAACAACGUCUUCAAAGCCCGCGUCUACAGCUCCAUUAUCAAACAGCAAAUUAACUACGAUUUCUGUGAGUGCCAAAACAGACAUUAUGCCACCUUCAUCUUGUCCUUCGCAAUCUAUCAAAACAGAUUCAUCAAUUAAAUGUACGGCUACUACAGUUAAUACGACUCUUCCUUCAUAUAUUGUAUCUACAUCUAAGACGAAAAUAGGUUCAACAUUGACGUCUAAUACUCCGGCUAUUACAACAAAAGUCCAAAUACAGAAACCAUUAGUCAAUAUUCAUACCACAAGUGCAUUUGCAACAUCGAGUGCAAACACUUCACCAUCUACAUCAGCUGCAAAUGGUAGUACUAAACAUACGAAUUUUUCUAAACAAACAAAAUCAAAAGCUGCUGAAACGAUUAAAAAAGAUGGAAGAGCUUAACAUUAAAAUAUUUUGCGGUGAUGUUGAGAAUAUGUCACCUAAUCACAGUAAAAAUACUUCGUAAGUAUAUAGCUUACAGAUAAGGUAUUUAAUGAUUUCAAAACAAACUCAAUUAUUCUUACAUAAUAAUGGUCCGCGUAUAAAAAAAUGAAAUACUUAGAUUGUUAAAAGUAGUUGUACAUAUUUAAUAAUAUUUGUGGUUGGGAAAUAAUUUUUAACAUUCUACCUAAAAACUCAAGAAGAGAGUACCUAUCUAUUGAUUUUUUUAAAGUUAUAUUUUUAGAUAGAUGCAUAAAGCAUUGCUUUAUAAACUUUAUAAUGUACUUACUUAAUUUAAAAAAAUGGCAGAACGUACAUAAUAAAUAUAUUCUUCUUGGAAUAUUAUUUGAUUAUUUACUCAUACUAGUUGAAAGGAAUUGAGUAAAUUAGAUAAAUACAAUGAUUAUUAUUUGUUAGAUACUUUUAAAAGGGGUCUCUCCGUCACUCGCUUCAUACAAACGU